CCGAUGGCUGUCUGUGGUCGAUGGCGAUGUGUGGUUGUAUGUAAAGUGGGCGUGUAAAUGUUGUUGCUUAUGAACAGCUGUGUGUUUUGAAAUGCUGGAGUGGGAAGCAAUUUUAAUGUGAUUCUGCUGUCGGUUCAUAUGUUUUGAAAUAAAAUGGCAACUUCAACAGGAGAUAAAACUGUUAACAAAGUAGCAUUAUGUUCCGCGAUUUUUGCUGGAUUUGCUUAUGUGGGAUAUUCUGUUGUACGUACAGCUUUUUGUCGGAAACUUGGACGACGUGAUGGUGAUGACUUCCCGCCAGAGCACCGGCUGUACUUCCGGCGGCUGUCGCAGACGACACAGACAGACGUGCUGCUGGGCAACCUGGACGUGUCCGGGUCGGGUAAGGUGAUCCUGCGGCCGCUGACGGUGCAGGAGCGCAUCCGGGAGCUUAACCUGCGCGCACGGAUGUUCACUGACACAAUGCUCGCCAUCCAGACGGGUGGCGCCUCUGGAUCUUCGCCGCGUCACAGCCCGCUGCCAGGCCCACGCAGCCUCCAGCAGUGCUCACCAUGGAGCUCUCCACGCAUUCUCAGUCCAGUGGAUGUACGACACAUUCUGGCCAGCCGAUCUACAGAGAAUCUCAGUGCUUUGCACAUCCAUGGAGAGGCAGAACUCCUGGGAUCCCCCAUGCGCAGACGAUGGGCACGGCGUUCUCUUCGUGGUCGCCAACAGACACAGUCACGAUCCAGCUCAGCUGCCUCAGAAAAGGACAAGGAGGAGGACACGAAGAGAGAGGCUGAGAAGCUGCUCAGGGAUGGAGAGGAAGAGCUUCGUUUGCGGCUUGACACGCUCAGUGUGAGACACAGGGUUAUUACAGCAAAUGAAGCUAAAAGUCUGGUUGCACUUCUUCACACUAAUGAUGACCUGCUACUGGAGAAAACUCUUAUGACAAUUGGAAAUUGUGGGACAUUCUCUGCAAAUCAGGAUACUCUGAGGGAAGCUGGUUGCCUCUUCAGAAUUCAGAAUCUCCUUACUCAUCCCAGACUUGCAGUCAAGCUAGCAGCCAUUAAAGCUCUUGGGAAUCUUGCUUUGAACCAAGAAAAUCAGAAGGAACUGAAAGGUGUGAUUCCUAUUCUACUGAGUUAUGUACUCAGAGAAAGGCAGAGUGAAAAACUUGUUAUGAGUUCACUAGUGACGCUGACCAAUAUAGCAGCUUUUCCAGAUUGGCAUGAUGAGUAUUAUUCUUUGUUACACACUCUCUACAAUCUUGUGGAUUCAGCCCCCCCUCAGAUGAAGCUGCAGGCUCUUAAACUUCUGGUGAAUCUUUCAUGCAAUGAGGAUAUGGUGCCUAGUCUACUUGCAGCUCAGUCUGUGGGUGACAUGUACCCUGUCCCCCACCUGGAAGAACUCAUCUCUGCAAACUUCAGCUUCAGUUUCAGACAGUGCGGGAUGUGGAUCUCAAGUGCUGUUUUGGCUCCUCGAAGGCUUAUAUAUUUACUCGACCCAUCGACAAAUGAAGAAAUACUGCUUCGAGUAACAACUCUCUUAGCGAAUUUGACAACUGUUGCAAAGGACCAGAAUUUGGAUCCAACAAUUGAUUUGCCAGCAGAAGAUAAAGCAGCUUCACCAGAUACAAUCAGGUAUGCAGCAAUUUAUGGCGUCAACAUACGGGAAAAGGUGUUAAGUAAAGCAUUUGUUCUCAUGAAUCAACAUAAAAAUGAAGACAUCCGCUUCCAGGCGAGGAAAAUUUAUGAUGUUAUAAGAUCCUGAAAGAGGGUUAGGUACAAUGUAUUUGAGGGCAUCAGGUAUCCAAUGAUCAUAGUCACAUCUCAUUAAAGGUGUAAAGUGUAUGCUGCUUGUAGACUGCACAGAAUUGAAGUAGACAUGUAAUAGAUAUGUUGAAGGUGUAAUGCAUUAUAAGCAGUAUACAGAGAUUGCCUAAUGAUGUCUCUUAAACACUAUUGUACCAAUAAUUGCUGGAAUUGAAUUGGUGUAAUAUCACAUUCAAUGUUGAUGUGUGACCAUUUUUCUCGUGAAACUUAGCAGAAUUUCUGGUAAUGUAACUGUGUAAAGAAAACAAUUUUACUGCUGUUGAAAGAACAGUGUUUCUUUCUUUCGUGUUUUCAUGUGUCAUUGCUAUUUAAUGAUUCAAACAGAGUAAAUUUUUCUGUGGCAAUGCCUUUUAUCAGAAGUGAAAUAGUAUAUAUAAACCUGGUAUGAGAAAAGAAUGAAUGUUUCAUAUACACAAAUUACUUGGUUGUGAAUAUUUAUUAGGUGUACUUAGUUUUAAUAUGCUGCCAAAGCACCAUUCAUUUAGUCAGCAGUGUUGUAGAUGGUGUAAGUGUUCCUAAUUUGCUUAAAUGCUGAUGCAUUUAUGAAGUAUGUGUGACUGUAGAUUCAGUGUUGUUCAGAGAGAAAAAAAAGAUCUGAUGCUAAAAUCACCAUUAAUAAUUUGCAGACUGGAUAAUGUUAUUUCCGCUUAUAAUACCAAUAAUCAAAUUCUCAAGUUUGUGUGUUACUCACUUAGGUCUUUUCCCCUUCUAUUUUAACAUAUUUCACUUACCUUCAGAAUUCCAUUUUCAUAUUCUUCUUAUUUACCAGAGUUACUGCAUUACUGAUGAUGCUAUACAUAAAUUUAGCAUACACAUUUUAUUUAUGAUAAACAUGUUUUUUGUGAUUUCCUUAACAUAUCACAUAGUAACAGCUUCUCUACAUUCCACCAAUUGUGAAAAAUAAAACCACAAAUGUAAAUAAAUUAUGAAGGUGCUUUUCUCCUGAAUCCUUCCAUCCCCCAUUAUCCAUUUGAAGCAGUGCUGAAUGUAACUGAAAGAGAGAUUUCUGUGGAAAUUGUACAUUCCUGAAUACUGAUAAAUGUGUGCGUAGUACACCACUUGACACCUGCAUAUAUUAAUUGAGCUUUUUUAUUGCUCCAAUAAUAUAACUUGUUGGUUUUAAUUAUGUGCUUCAUCUUAUGAGAGGAAAACUAUAGUUUGUUAUUUUGUAGACAGAUGUUGGUGAAUAUUCAGUGGAAUCUCACACAGCCAGACAACUGGUGAAUUGAAUUGCCCAGAGCUAUUUUUGUAAUUAUUGUUGUAAUUAUUGCAGGUAAAUUUAAAUUAAAAUUACUUACUAUUUUGUAAUAUGCACAAUUUGAUCUGAUAUGUAUGUAAAUUUGCAUAGAUUCUGCCCCUGAUAUCGCUUAUUUUCUAAAUAAAUAAAUAAAUAUAUAUAUACACACACACUCAUAUAUAAAAUAAAAUUAUCGUGUAUUCUUAAUGUAAAUAUAAUCUUUGUGGUUGAAUUGAUAAGAGUCAGCCAUGUGAAACUAAUGUAAAGUAAAGUUUAUGACCUGACUAGACAUGAAAAAUUCCAUAACACAUGUGGUUUUGCUUGACUGACACACAAUGUUCGCUUCUUGUACUAUGACUGAUGGUGCUUCUGUGUUGCGUAUUUAAAUUUUGACUGUAAUGCUAUUUAUCUGCCAAUUUUUGUAUGUAAAUAGUUCAUUUUAUGAUUACUCUGUUAUAUGUUACAUUAUUUUGAGUGUAACAUAUCAGAAUUACUUAAAUUAUGAUUUUUUGUUCCAAUUUUCUGCCCAUAUUACAAGGCAGAUGGUAUCAUGUCCCAAUAAUGGGCAAAUGAAAUGUACAAGUAUCUUGUACUUAUUGUGUUCUGCAUUAAUACACAUUAUUUUGGUUUA